CCUUCUCCUCCUCUUUGCACAUCCGAGGGCGGCAGCGGGGCUGGCUCCCCCCUCCCGGAGGUCGCCUUUGUUUUCCCGGAGUCGCUCUCCCGAGCAGCCGGGGGGGAUCGGGAGGGGGCCGGGGCCGGGCUGGACCAGACCGGCCACCCCUUCUCCUGCUCGCCCCUCGGCGGACUUGGUUCGGUUCCCCCCCCACCCCCCGGGACCCCCCAUGGCACCGCCGCGAUGUUCGUGUCCCGGCUCCUGGAUUUCCAGAAGACGCGCUACGCCAGGUUCAUGAAUCACCGCGUCCCAUCCAACUGCAGGUACCAGCCGACGGAGUAUGAGCACGCAGCCAACUGUGCCACCCAUGCAUUCUGGAUCCUGCCCAGCAUCCUUGGCAGCUCCAUCCUCUACAUCCUCUCUGAUGACCAGUGGGAAACUAUCUCAGCCUGGAUCUAUGGCUUUGGCUUGUCCAGCCUCUUCAUUGUCUCCACCAUCUUCCACACCAUCUCCUGGAAGAAGAGGCAUCUCAGGACAGUGGAGCACUGCUUGCACAUGUUUGACAGGAUGGUGAUCUACUUCUUCAUCGCAGCAUCAUAUGCUCCCUGGCUGAACCUGAGGGAGUUGGGUCCCUGGGCUUCCCACAUGCGCUGGAUCAUCUGGAUCAUGGCAUCUGUCGGGACUGUCUAUGUUUUCUUCUUCCAUGAGCGGUACAAGCUGGUGGAGCUGGUGUGCUACGUUAUCAUGGGCUUCUUCCCUGCACUGGUCAUCCUCUCCAUGCCCAACAGGGAUGGCCUCCCGGAGCUGGUGGCCGGUGGAUUCUCCUACUGCCUGGGCAUGGUCUUCUUCAAGAGCGACGGCCGCAUCCCCUUCGCCCAUGCCAUCUGGCACCUCUUUGUGGCCAUUGGAGCUGGCAUCCACUACUAUGCCAUUUGGAGGUAUCUCUACCGGCCCGGCACGCUGGACACUAAAACAUCCCGGUAGAUGCCUUAAAGACCAGCCCAUGGGGGUAUGAGGGGAGCAGGGAGACAGCCUGUGCCAUCGCUCACCCCAAACCACCCACUAGCCCCAUGGGCAGCUCUGCUGGUGCCCUUCCUGCACAGCCAGGAGAGCCUGGAGGUGGAUUUUAAACAGAUUUUCCUCUUUUAACCUCGGGAACUGCUUGGAUUUUAGGCACAGGUUUUGUAACACAGUGACCCACCAAGGGGCUGCUGGUGGCAGGGGAAUGAAUGACCGUGUGCAAGGGGCUUGGGGAGGCUUCACUCACUUGCCUGGCCCUGAGCAUCCCAUGGGGUCCUUCACCCCACAUGCCUCUGGAUAGUGACACCCUGGGUUGGCUGCUGAGCCCUUAGCAUGGGCCACCCAAGGGACUGGAGGAGUUGGGAUGAGGGGGCAGAUCCAGCCCCUUUCCCUUGGGAUGCUCCAGCCUGGGAGGGGACACAUUGGCACCCCUGUUCCAGCCGGGCUCAGCUCCUAAAUGGACCUAAAUCAUGCCAGCAUUAACCAGGUUCUCUAUGGGAAAGUCCAGGGACAACAAAGCCUUAUAUGAGAUGGAAACUGGGAUCUCUUCCAGGGCACCCCAGAGUCCCCAAGCACUGCAGAACCCUUUCUCUAAGCCAGUCUUAGGUGCACAACUCAGCACACCCCCCCUGCAUGGGCCCGGGGAGCCCACCGGGAUGUUUUGUCCUUGGGGUGCUUUGUUUUCCCCUCCAAUCUCAGUGCCGUGGCAGAUUCAAAGCACAGCCCCGCUCCCAGGCUCUUACCUGUGCCUUCAAGCAGGGAGCAGAGGGGGGAUCUGGAUCCCAGCAUCCGCCUGGCUGGGGUGAGUCCAUCCACAUCAGGGGAUUCUCAUUCUCCUUGAGGGAGGGAAGCAAACCUCCUUGGGUUGGGAUCAUGGGGCUACCUGCCUUUCCUGCUCCCAUUCUGGUGAUGAGCCUAUUGCCCAUCAUUAACUCCACUCCUGGGAGGAUUUCUGGCAUUCCCAGAAUUGAUGUAGGGGAAAGAUGCAUCUGCGUGAUGCUUGGAGGUGAGCUGAAUGGAGAGGUCCUAGUGAUGCUCGGCUAUUAAACACCUAACCACAGCUACACAGUGCUUUCCAGGGUACGAUAACAAGACAUGGAGCACCCAUCCAGCCUUCAGGAGCAGCCUGAUGGUGCUGGAACGGGGAAACCACACUGGUCCUGCUCCCCAGGCUGCUGGAGCUGUUAAGGACUGGUCCAUGCUGGGACCCCGCAGAGCAUCGCUGCUCUCAGUCCUGCCUGCACCUUCCCCAGGAGCCCCUGGAGGCAUCGAUUUCCCAUCAGCUCUUCUGGGCCUCUUGAUUAAUUGUGGCUGCAGCAGCCUUGGCACAAGGAGGCAAAUGAAGGAGAUUUAUGGCCACUGUCCCACGUCUCCUGUUUCUCUGGUAGCCAAGGAGCCGAGCUCCAGGCUCUGCUCCAUCUCCCACAGAGCUUAGGGUCUCCCCAGCCUGCAUCGCCCCAGGACCAGCUCUAUAUCACCCAUCAAAUUACCAAAGAGACAGCAUCCGGAUGCUCAUCCCCUCCUGACUGUGGCUGUGGUCACCAGGGCAACAAAAGAAUCCUGUGGGUUUUCCCUUCCAUAGGCACAAGGGUCCUAUAAGGGGCUCUAGGUGUAUGACUCUGGCAUAGGGCUGCUGGGGGGUCUCUACCCAGGGCACCCCAAAUCAGCCUUUGGGCUGGGGACACCCCUUGGGGUGAUGGGUGGUCCUAAGGGACAGGGGGUGGAUGACCCAGUGUGAGCACAGUCUCUGCUGCUGCAUCUCCCAAGCCCCCAUGUCCACUCCCUUGCUCCAUCAUCUGCUGCAGAUGGAGGCUGGAGGAUAAGCUGGGAGUAACCAGCAGCUGAUGGAGCAUUUUUGGGGUUGAAAUAGCAGGAUAGGAGGUCCCAGAACAGAAGAUGCCAUUUUUUUUCUGCCUGGCAAGCCCUUAAACUUCUCCGUGCCUCAGUUUCCCCAUCUGUAAAAUGGAGGAGAAGACAGCAACCUACCUCACAGGGCUCAUGUGAGGACCCUGUGGAGCACCUGGAGGACAACCAGUGCUUUACAAACGCGUGCUUCAACUUU